AUGUUCGACGACGCUCUUGACUCGUCGGUGAUCAUUGGAGAGCAAUUCGCCCACCAGUUCCAAGAAGGCCCCGAGGCCAAACCUGGUCAAUUCUUCCCAAUGUCUGGCUAUGAUAGAGUGGGCCAAACUGGACUCAUCGGUAUGUCCCGCGGACCUAAACAUCAUUAUGUUUUACUGACGAAUCACGUAGACCUUUCAGCCCAGUCAACCAUGCAUAACCCGAUGCUGUUCGACGCAUUCCAGCAAGGGAGUUAUGAUCACCACCCACUCCUCAACCCCAAUGGAGUGAGGUUGGUUCAAGAGUCAGAUCUACAGUUCUCCAUCGGCAACGAGGAGUACCACGACUCCAAACCCAUCCUCAUGAAUGCACAUGAAGUCAACAAUGUUGCUCAACUCGGCCAUUAUAGCCCACCUCAUUCACGGGUUCCAUCCAGCAGCUCUAUCGUGUCAAACCCCCGCAAGCGCAAGGCAUCCAGUGCCGAUGGCAUCGAGCUCGUCCAGAAUAAGCGAAAGGCAUCCACCGUUGAAGAAUUCGACAUGCUUCCCAUUCACAAGAGACCCAUGGUAGCACAAGUUCAUGUCCAAGAUCCCAACGGAGAUUACUAUGACAUUAGUGGCCAGACUUCGCCAUACUCGCAGUUUGUGCCAACCCCAACCAGCACAGGACUUCCUGCAUACACCACUCAGAAUUCUUCACCACGCCCUAGCCAUCAUUACUCGACCUCCAAUGCAUCACAGGUGUCGUUGGCUGCACCCCAUACUCCAGCAUUCAGUCCUUCCUUCGCCACUGUCAAAAGCGAGCAGAGCCCAGGUGCUCCAAUGACCCCUCUCCCACGUCCUGGGUCGACCAACUCUGUGAAGUCUUCUCUUCCUCAGUUGGUUCGCACGUCAACCAUGCAGCAGUCACCUCCCAGUGUCAUGAGUUCCAUGGUUGCUGGACAAACUCAGACAUUCAACCCCUAUGCCAUGUACCCACUCAAGGCCAGCCUCAAACUCAAGGGUGAUCUUGAGACCAUGAAGCAGAAUUGGACUGCUGAUGAGCGUGAAUGUCGUCGCCGCUUGGUGGAGUUCAAGCGCAACCAGAGCAACUGCACUAUCAACGCCGAGUUCGCUCCCGUGACUCCUCAAGACCGUGUUUCGGGCAGCAUCUGUAUCAGCUGCAUCUGGUGGAAGGAGAAGAAUGAAUACUUUGUUACAUCUGUUGACACCAUCUAUCUACUUGAGGCAUUGGUCGGAGUUCGUUUCACCGUUGAGGAGAAGAAUCGCAUUCGUCGCAACCUCGAAGGAUUCCGACCUAUGACAGUGUCCAAGGCCAAGACCGACAGUGAAGAAUUCUUCAAGGUCAUCAUGGGGUUUCCGCACCCCAAGCCUCGUAAUAUCGAGAAAGACGUCAAGGUUUUCCCAUGGAAAAUCCUGUCAACUGCGUUGAAGAAGAUCAUCUCCAAGUACUCAGCAAGUUAUUCAUCAACAGCUGCAGCCAUACUUACCCCUCAGGGUAACUGCAUGCAUCCUGAAGGAGCAAUUGAGUACUAUGAGGUACCGCCAAAUGGUCCUCAAUAUGGCAUGCCUCAGGACAUGAGAUAUGUAUCGGGUCCUGGUCCAGCACCACUCAGACUGCAUGGCCACAUGGGUUCUGGACCUGGUCCUCAUGAGCUCCAACUCCAAAUGCCAGAGUAUACACCGGCGUACACCGUCAAUGGCCAAUACCCAUAUCAGACCUUGCAACAAAUACCUCAGUCUACUAUGGCCAUGACACCACACCCCAUGACAGCGCCAGUCACACGUAUGCCAUCAUGGGGAGAGUUUGCCAACUUUGUUGACGACAGUCCAGUCACCAUGGCUCCACAAAGUGCACCACCUACAGCAUACCCCCGUGGACCAAUCGACAUGGGUGGAUAUGUUCCACAAAUGCAAUACCACUAUAACUAA